CGCCCCAUCCCGCGGCGCCCCCUGCGGGCCCCGGGGCGCCUGCGCAGCGGCCCCGGCCGUUGUUGUGGAGGGGCCGGUCAAGAUGGCGGCCGGGCAGGGGGGCGGUGGCGGCAACAACGGCAGCGGGAGCGGGAGCGGGACGGCGCCCGGGAGCGGAGCGGCGGGGCUCGGGAUCCCCGCGCACCUCACUCUCUCCUUCUCGUCCGGGCCGCACUGGGGCGCGGCAGCUCUGCCGCAGUCGCACACGGUGCGCAGCCUGGAGCGGGCCCUGGAGGAGGCGGGCAGCUCGGGCAUCCUGUGCCUGAGCGGGAGGAAGCUGCGCGACUUCCCCGGCAGCGGCUGCGACCUGAGCGACACCACGCAAGCAGAUCUUUCAAAGAACAGAUUUACUGAAAUUCCUCCUGAUGUCUGGUUGUUUGCACCACUGGAAACUUUAAAUUUGUAUCACAACUGCAUCAAAUCCAUUCCAGAAUCUAUUAAAAACCUGCAAAUGCUUACCUACCUUAACAUUAGUCGAAAUCUUUUGUCAACAUUGCCAAAAUACCUGUUUGAUCUUCCACUGAAAGUUCUGGUUGUCAGUAACAACAAGCUGGUCUCCAUUCCAGAAGAAAUUGGAAAAUUGAGAGAUCUAAUGGAGUUGGAUAUUAGCUGUAAUGAACUUCAAGUUCUUCCUCAGCAAAUAGGAAAAUUACAGUCACUUAGAGAAUUGAACAUAAGAAGAAAUAAUCUCCAUAUGUUGCCAGAUGAAUUAGGAGACCUUCCCUUGGUAAAGCUGGAUUUUUCUUGUAAUAAAAUUACAGAAAUUCCCAUUUGUUAUAGAAAGUUACGUCACUUACAAGUUAUAGUUUUGGAUAACAAUCCAAUGCAGAUACCACCAGCACAGAUAUGUUUAAAGGGCAAAGUACAUAUAUUUAAAUUCCUCAGUAUUCAGGCGUGCCUCAGAAUAGAUAAAAAACCAGAUUCUUUGGAUCUUCCAUCAUUAGGUAAACGAAUCCCCUCCCAGCCACUCACAGACAGCAUGGAGGACUUUUAUCCCAAUAAAAACCAUGGACCAGACUCUGGCAUUGGAAGUGAUAAUGGGGAUAAAAGGUUGUCCACUACAGAACCAUCUGAUGAUGAUACAAUCAGCCUUCACUCCCAGAUAUCAGAAUCAACAAGGGAACAGACAUUAAGGAAUGACAAUCACGUAGUGGGAAGUAAACUUGAUCCACAGAAAGACCAGGAGGCGUUUGACUACAUUGAUCCAAACACAGAGGAGGGAGCUCUUCCUGACCAGGGAGAUGCACAGAUUGGGCCCCUGCUCUCCUAUGUCAAGGAGCAGGGAAAACAUCCUGAGAAAUCCCAGAAAAUAGAACAAAAUGAGGACUGGGGAGAUGAAAAAAGACUUCAGAAAGAACAGCUGCUGGCUGAAGAUGAUGAUGAACUCAAAGAAGUGACUGACUUAAGAAAAAUAGCAGCUCAAUUGUUGCAGCAAGAACAAAAACACAGACGAAGGCCACUAAACUAUAGAACUUCAUUCAGUGAAAAGCUCUUCCAGAGGACCAGGGCGGCAGGACGUGCAUCAAGGCUUCUUAAUCAUUCCGUUUCAGUAAACACAAGGAACAGGCCAAAGCAGCCAAUGGAAUCUGAAAAAUGUGUCUCAACAAAUGAAGUGAAUUCCCCAGUGUCCCCAUACAGCUGGCAGCCACUGGAAAACCAGAAGGAUUCAGUGGAUGAGCAACACUGGCCAGAAACACAGCCAGUAAUCUGGCAGAAUGAAGAAAGAAGGAGAAGUAAACAAAUUAGAAAAGAGUAUUUCAAGUAUAAGUCUUCCAGAAAGAAUUCAAGUGGAAAUGAAAAUGAUGAGCAAGACAGUGAUAAUACUAAUGUGUCCCCACAGUCUCCUGUGUCGUCUGAGGAUUAUGAAAGGACAGAUAGUAACACUCAUGGUCCAUUUGGUCUCAAACCAAGGUCAGCUUUCAGCCGUGCCUCACGCCAGGACUAUGGUGCAGUGGAUCCUGGGUUUACUAUGAGGAGGAAAAUGGAACAUUUAAGGGAAGAAAGGGAGCAAAUCAGACAGCUUCGCAGUAAUCUUGAAUCCAGGUUGAAGGUAAUUUUGCCAGAUGACAUUGGAGCAGCGUUGAUGGAUGGGGUGGUUCUUUGCCAUUUAGCCAAUCAUAUAAGGCCACGUUCUGUUGCCAGCAUUCACGUCCCAUCGCCAGCAGUGCCUAAACUCAGCAUGGCAAAGUGCCGAAGAAAUGUUGAAAACUUUCUUGAUGCUUGUAAAAAAUUGGGCGUUCCACAGGAGAGACUUUGCUUGCCUCAUCACAUUCUGGAGGAAAGGGGUCUGGUGAAGGUUGGCCUCACAGUUCAAGCUCUGCUUGAGUUGCCUGCGUUGAAAGUAUCUCAGCUUUCUUCUAUGUGACACAACUUCUUGGCAGCUAGACAGCUUCCCAUUUGCUCUGUUGAUAUGGAUUGCUCUGAGGCACUUCAGCCUCCCACACGGGAACACCCAAGCCAUCAAAAACUAAAAUCUGUCCAGAUGCUGUAGAGAGCCUUACUUUGGAGCUGUGUGUGAAAACCUUGGAGUCAGUUCACAGUUAAAAGAACUUAACUAUUCUUUCUUUUUUCUCUUGUAAUUGGAUGUACAAAGAGAAUGUGGUAGCAUCAAGUUCUCUUUCUAGUUAAGUUUUAAAAGCUGCCAUUUAACAUCUCAGUGUUAGAGUUAAAUGCUGGAUUUCUUUUUUUACAUUGAAAAUGUUUGAAUUACUUUGGAAAGUACAAAGCACACCCCCCGUCACUUUAAUUUUUCGCGUCAAUAAUUUGAUUUAAAGAUAAGAUAAAAAUGUAGCGAUGGUAUGAUGGUAAAAAUGUGAGCAACUGAUCACUUGUAAUCCCCUUUCACUCUCUAAAAGCUUAAUAUUUGCGUUUUUUUGUUUUUUGCACUCCUGAUUGUAACUUACGCACUUCUAACAUUGCCAGUAUUGAGUCUGAGUGUCUGGUGAUUACACAGAACAGGAUACAGUGAGAAAAGGACACAGUUUAUUGAGUUUUUCCAGUCUUCUAGGUUGGUGCCAAAUAUUUUUUUUCAGUUUUACUGUAGAUUGUUUACCUGUGAAGUGCCUGUGUAAUUGAUAAUUCUUAAUAGUCUUAAGCAUUUUUGAAAUUUAUUUGUUUAAAAUAGAUAAAAUGGAAAUUUUUAAAUAUUUUAAUAGUUUUUUUGUAAAAUCAGUAUGUGAAGAUUUAAGUAAUACUUCACAUUUUUGAUGUUGGGUGUUUUAAGUUUGUUGCACAAUUUAAUUGGUUAUUUGUUGUCUAAUAAUUAGAAAAUACUGUAAAUACUUUUUAUUUAUGAUAUUUAAUUUGAUAAUACCUAAUUACUUUUGGUUUAAUGUAUUGUUGGACAAAAACAAAGUUGUCUACUUUUCUUUUUUUGGGACAAACAAAUACACAUGAUGAAUAAGACAUGAGGACUAGUGAUUCGUACAGAGUAAUUUAGGACAUUUUGAUAAAACUGCCAAAAUCUCAGGUUUACGCUGUGAUGUUCAGGAUUUUGUGUAAUUGCUCCUGAUCUCACAUUACAUUUUUACAACAGAUAUAUCCAUAAUUUAGCUGGAAGUAUCAGUGUUUAUAAUUUUCGUGUUUGCAGGGUUUAUUGUGUAAUUUACAUGAGUGUGGCAUUAGCACACGGGUCAGUUUGUACAAAUGUCACUGUGCUGAGACAUUAGAUCGAUUGAUAAAUGUGAAAACAAAACAUUUCCACUGUGGUGGUUUUUUGAAACUCCCAAGUUUAUUUAUUUGUUUGCUUCUGCACAAAUUCUUGGUGUUUCGAGAACAUUUUGAAACCAUACACAGUUGAGUUCUUCUCUAAUCGAGUUGCAAAUAAUUUCAUAAUUUUGGUAGUAAAUCUGUUUGUAUUAGUUAGUUCUUCAUGAAUAGGUAGCUCAAUUAAAAAAAUGUUUUGACUGCCACAGAUUUUCUAUUUCAGGCUAAGUUAUUUUCAGUUGAGGGAUGUGUUUGCCAAGCAUGUGACAAGAUUUGAUUCUGUUCUUUCCAAUUGAUCAAGACCCCGUGUAAGAUAAUUCAUAAAAUAAUAAGGGAGGAGUACUGUCUAUUCCUUCUACUGUAGUCCUUAUAGGCAAUAGCUGACAGGAAAAAUAACCUUUUUCUGAUGAUAAGUUUAAAAUUACCACUUAUUUUUAAAUCCAUUGAAACAAGAUAGUGUACAUGAAAUAGUUUAAAUCCACUAUUGUUCAUAUGGUGUUGUCUUAAAACACACCUUAUGGAGAGGCUGGUGUAUAAAUUAAUUUGCAAAGUCCUAGCUAUAAAUCUUAGGUUAGAUAAAUACAUGUUUAAGGAAACUGGAUUGCUUUGACAUUUGAAAUAUUAUAUUUCAAAUCUAUCUCUAAUUGGUUCUUGUAUCUCUUCUUAAUGGUUAUUUUAACAACUUCCGUCUCUAUUUUCAUUAAAGGCACUAUCUGAAAAGUCAUGCAAAAACUAAUGAAAAAGUUAUAAUUCACUAAGCAAAAUGCUUGCCUGCUGCAUUUAAAAAACCAGCCACUCAAAAAGAAUUAGUCCUUGUCUUUCAUUUCACUGUUGUUGCUACUACCAGAGCAAAGUUCUAGUUCAGUCUUAGCCAUAGAAGUGCUGACUAUAAAUUGUCACUUUCAGUUAUCUGAAAACUGAUCUCCACUGCUAUUUCAUUGUCAUAUUUAAAAACAUUUUCUGAUCUUAAGGUAACAUUUUUCCUUCUUGAACUAAUUUUAUUAAGUUACAUCACAGUGUAAACAUUAAGAAUUCCCUUUGAUGUAGCAUGGCAGCUGCUGACUACUUAGGGGUUUUUCAAAUUCCUUAGUCAGUUGAAAACAGAAUAUGAAACUUAUGUACUCAUUUUAAAUUCAAAACUACUAAAACAACUUUUUUGGGUUUUUUUAGUACUCUGCAGUUCUUCCCCACAGACUUGCCAGCAACAGUCUUGCUUUGCCAUUCCUUGGAAAUUAUUAUGGCUCCCUUCUUGCUUAUGGGAAGGAUAAUCAUGAUUCUUCCAAGGCUUCUCUUUUAGCAUGGCAAAGAUUAAAACCUUCAAGUACCCUUAGGAGCAGUCUGAGAAAAGAUUCACUGUGCUUGGAUGAAUCUUUCUGUCAUCUCUAACUGGUUUUACAAAUAAUAAUCUAAAGCUGUGCUAACAUUGGCUUUGGUACCCAUUGUGAUUUCUUUAAGAGCAAUUUCAAAAAUUAUGCUAAAAAGAUUUGAACUUUAAGUUUUCAUAUCCAAGUAGCCUGUGGAAAUAGUUGUGUCUUCUCUGUACAAGAAUUUGCAUACUCUAUUCCUUUCUCUCUUUGUUUCCCAGCAUCUUACUUAUUUUUGUUCAUUCUCAGAUCUGGUGAUUCAUGUUAUUGGUUACCUUGGGUCACUUUCCUCCUUCCUCUUUAAUUUUUCCAAGAAAUUGUUCUGUGGCACUGGUGAACUAUUGUGAUUCCAGAAUCCCUGCUCCAAACAUUUCCAGUGUUUGAGAUGCCCAUUUUCCAUUUUGUUUAGAAUGUGAUGCCAUUACUUAGUACUUGAUACAGCUGAUAGGGUAGUUAAAAACAGAGGCCCAGUCAGUUCCUGUUGCACUUACUCCAUUUUCACUUACAACAUGAAGGGAGAUGCAUUAAGUUUUCCUGAUAAACUUUGCAAUAAUGUGGCAUGAACUGUAGAUUAGAGUGAAUCAGCAUAGUGGCAGGGCUUCUGGCCUUGUGUAUUUUUUCUGUGUUUUAUGUCACUGGAUGCAGUAUGUCACACAUGACUGAUCUUUCACUUGAGCAAUAAUGUCCCAGCUAUGGUGAGGUCUUAAAGCAGUGACAGGAAAAUAAUUGUUGUGAACUGUAGUGUCUUCCCAGAGAGUUCUCAGAAAUGCUUUACAUCUGUUCUCCAGCACUGCUAAUCCAAUGUGCUCACUGGGACACUGCCAGGGAUGCAGAAACCACCCAGACCGCUGCAGCUGGAGGCCUUCCAAAAUCUAACCAAGAACUAUGAGCAUAAAAUAGGGAGAAAUUAAUUUGAAACAAUAAACAACUGACAUCAAUCAUAAGAUUUUUUUUUUUUUUUUUUUUUUUUUUUUUUUUUUUUUUUUUUUUUUUAAUCCUAGCCUUUACUGAAGUCAAGGCAAGUUUUACCUUUAACUUCAGUAGAUUCUUGCCUUUUUGAUUUGUGGGACACCUGAGCUGGAGACCAUAGUAAAUGUGACUUGUUUGACACUAGCAAACGUUAGUGUCAGAUUCUUGACUAAAAUAGUGACCUCUGGUAAGUCAAAUGAAGUUGUAAAAUGUUACAUGGAUUCAUUUAAGAAAAGUCUUCUGAUAAGCAAACAGUAUUUAGAUGGUAGGAAAAAUUACAUGAAAGUGAGGUGGGAAGGUGUGUUACCUCAGUAAAAUUGUAGGUGAGGACAACCAUUAGGUUUUUACUGCACUAAAAACUGUAUUUCAAAUACUGUAUAAUUUAGUGGUAAUCUCAGAUUUUGACAUAAAUCUGUAGCCAAAUCCAAACAAAAAUGAAGACCUCUGCUUUCACGAAAAUGGAACUUUCAUAUGUCGUGUUGGUACUGAAGAGAAGGAUGAAGGUCUGGCACUUCUUCCUUUCGCUGAUUCCUUAAAUGUUUAUUUGAAAGGCUGAUUCCACUGAUUUCAACUGAAAGCAACCUUGUGGGAGUUUUUUCUGCAGACAGGAGAUGUGGUUUGGUAUUGGCAAGUCAAAUGUCACUUUUCUCUCACCAAGUCAGGCUAAUGUCUGUGUUUCUGUUAGAGGAUCUCUACUUGAAAAGCAAAAGCAAAUAAACACACCCCAACACACACAAAUUUGGAAUUAAAAACCUGUCAUUAAGACCAGCAGUGGGAAAGGUGAUGUAGCCUUGCCCAAGCAGAGAGUGCUCUGAGUUGAUUUCACAUUGAAUCGCUUCACCAGGAAAAGCCUUCAGUCUUAGUCAAGAAAGGCGUGUUUUGUAGCUGAGGGAUGAGGAUUCUUGAGUGCAUGGAGCUUCCAGUAGAGUUUAGAACAAGGAGGAAUUUGCUGUCUGUGUUUCCAGAGCCCGUUUGGUUUGGACAGCUGUGUCCCAGUGCUGCAGGAAGUGUGGCUGGUGGUGCAGGGAGCGCUGCCCUGGGCAGGGGAUCUGCCGUGUGCCACUCGUGGUCCCUUUGUGCCAGUGACACCUGUGCAGGACAACUGCUGACAGAAACACCUCCUUGCUCUUAAAGAGAUGCUGCAACCUGAGCAAAACCACCAAGGGAUAAUUUGAGAGUAUUCAAUAAUAGAUACCAGUAUUUAACUUCCAACAGCAGUGGGUGGUGUAGUGAGGCAGAGGAAGCUUUUGCUCUGGGAACUACUGACCUUUUCUGACUGAAAAUUGCACCGUGGCUCUGAACUGAUUAAUGUGGCCCUCUUGCACUUCCAUGGGGGAAUGCAAAGUGUGUUGCUGGGUUUGUUCCAUAUGCAACACACUGGGUCAUGUGUAAUUCAUCUACAGACAGAGGGAAAGGUGAACUGUCUAUUCUUAAUGAGCAGUGUUAUGGUACAGGUUUGUUUUGUAAAAUAUGAAGAUAAUUUUUUUUUCCUGUGAAAAAAAUUCUGCUGAUCUUCACUGCUUAAAUAGAGAAUAUAUGUGGUUAAUUGGAUUUCAGUUUAUACUUCCCACUGCACAGGAGCAGUUCUAUGUUUGUUACCUAAUAAAAUACCCUUCUCUUUAUUUGUCUUUAAAUAUUUCACAUAGUACAAUUUUGGCAACAUAUUAUCUUAAAAUUGUACUUAUAUGAAGAGUUUGUUCCCUCAUUGGGUUUGAUCAUUAUUUUUUCAGCAUGAGUGGCAAAGGGCAGCAAAAUUGCUGCAAGCUACUUGAUCAGUUUCUAGGGAAGGAAUACCAGUUAUCAUAAAAUGACAUCUAAUAAAUCAUUUUUAGUUCAAAUUAUAUAUAGCAAAUUGCAUUUUCAAAAAAGAAUAUUCAGAAUAUUUUUUACAUUUUAGAAUUCUAAACUUAAGCAAAAACCAAAUAUUUUUUUCCAUGACUACUCUAGUAUCUUAGGAAAUUCUAAAGGAGAAGAAUAGCUCAGACUGACAGCAAAUUUAAUUGUUUUGGAAAAAUUUUGAUAUUGGCAGUGUUGAAUUUUUCGUUGAAUUUGAUCCAUUUAAAGUCUUUUGCAACCUAAAUAAGUCUAUGAUUGUAAGGUUCAGUGACACCAGAUUUUCCCUCCAGAGUUUUGUAACUCAGUUGCUACAUAAAGUCAGUCAUUUAAAGUAAAUUCUUGGCACUGAGGAGGGUUUCCUCACUUCAUUCAAAGUUACAGGAAAUAAGGCAAGCAUAACUUUUUCCAUCAUAGUUUUAUAAAGUCAGAUUGUAAAAUAGAGAAUAUUUGGAAAUGCCACAAGGAUACUUUUUUGCUUUGUUUCAUUUUAAAAUGAGUGAACCAGUGAAAUAUUUCCAAAUUUACUGCAUUUGCGUAGGGUUUGGUUGUGCCAUCCCAGGCACGGGAACUUGCAGUGAGUGUUGAGUAUUGAUACACAUUCUGAAGCUGUGCAGGACUGUGCUCUUCUCAUGGAGCUGUUGGUGCAGCUGUGUUUGCUGAAGGGAUGUGGUACCUGAAGCAUUCCUGCAGCUGCUCUUGGUACCAGCAGCAAGGCAAGGCUGAGAUUCCCAGGAGGAGCACACACAGGUGUAGUGAAAAAGGGUGGGUUGGUGGAAUACAUUGGGAGUCAUGUGAAUACUUUCUACUGUUAUGGAAUGUCUAGAGCAAUGAAAAUGUGCUUUACGAUUAUCAUUCAGUUGGUAUUCAGUUAUUUUAUUUUGUAACUUGUGGUUAUAAAACUCAGAAGAUGCAAUGUAACCAAAUGGUCAACAUGUAAAUGUGUGCAGAAUGUGGCAGAAGUAGUUCUGAGGGCACAGCAGGAGAGUGAUCAUUAAAAAUGGAUGCUCAAAUUGUGUAUAUACUUGCAAAAUUUUUGAUAGUGCAUUUCAAUUGAUUUUGCAUUUCAUAUUCUUGUAAAGUGCAUCUUUCAUACUUUUGAAGAUUGUCUGCUUGUACUAUACUGUAUUAAGCCUUUUUUCAGGAUUUCCAUUAUUGCUGGAGCUUCCAACAUACAUGUUUAUUUCGAAAAAUGUUCCUACUGUUGUUUUUUUUUUUUUUUGUAAAUAGUGUUUUGUAUUAAAUUUGCAUGGAUAAAACCUACAUUUCCAAAACCAUUGUACAUACACUAUGUAUAAAAUACAAACUGUUUCAUAAUUUUCAUGUA